AUGAGUAUCUGCGACCACCCACAGCAGAGGAUCUUCAACGACUACUCGAUAGGGGGAGAAACGAGGGUUUCCUGGGAUGGUCGGGAGCAUGACUGUAUGCACUGGGAGUGGAAAAAUUGUCCAACCGCUUGGAAAGGACAGUACGCCCGUGGCCACGGAAAACCGACUAUUGUUCUAGAGGCCGUAGCUUCACAAGAUCUUUGGAUUGGUACCUUAAAUGAUCUUAAUGUCCUCGAUCGAUCUCCUGUGUUUGAUGACCUUUUAGAAGGUCGAGCUCCCAGUGUGAGGUACAUGGUCAACAACCACAUGUAUAGGUUGGCAUAUUACCUCACAGAUGGUAUAUAUCCAAAAUGGUCAACAUUUAUCCAAACUAUCGCACUCCCUCAAAGUCCUAAACAACAGUUAUUUUCUCAAGUUCAAGAAUCAGUCCGAAAAGAUGUCGAAUGUGCUUUUGGAGUAUUGCAAGCUCGGUUUGCGAUUGUGAAAAACCCGGUUCGUACAAUGGCCAAAGAGAAGAUAGGGAAGAUAAUGAGAGCAUGUAUCAUACUACACAAUAUGAUAGUUGAAGAUGAACGAGAUGGUUAUUCAAUGCGGUACGAUAUUUCAGAAUUUGAAGAAGGAGAAUCUUCCAGAACUUCGGAGGUCCUAAACGCAAACCCUACACUAAACGAAAUCCCGACAAUUCUCAAUAAUAUAUUUCCCAACCGAAAUGAUCUUCGUGAUAGGCAAACUCAUGAACGAUUGAAGAAUGAUUUGAUCGAAAACAUUUGGAAUAAAUUUGGCGAUGAAGAUUAA